AAAUAAGCGUCAAAAAUAAAAAUACUUUACAACUACCGACACGCCCGCCUUGAUAUAGCCCUUCUUUAACCUCUCUCUCUCUCUCUCUCUCUCUCUCUCUCUCUGCCCCGUCUAAGCUCAGAUUUUUACUUGUAACCGGGUCCGAAUUCGGAUCCUCGGAGCUCCAGCUGUGUCAAUGGAGUCAAGCUCUGGCCCCGGCGAGCAUAACAUCAGAGGAAUACCUACUCAUGGCGGACGCUACGUUCAGUAUAAUGUGUACGGCAACCUCUUUGAAGUCUCUAGAAAGUACGUCCCUCCUAUUCGUCCCGUUGGCCGAGGUGCUUAUGGUAUUGUUUGUGCUGCUAUGAAUUCUGAGACCCGAGAAGAAGUUGCCAUUAUGAAAAUUGGUAAUGCUUUUGACAACCGGAUAGAUGCUAAAAGGACAUUGCGAGAGAUUAAGCUUCUUCGACACAUGGACCAUGAAAAUAUUGUUGCUCUUAGAGACAUCAUACGACCUCCCCAGAAAGAGAACUUCAAUGAUGUCUACAUUGUUUAUGAAUUGAUGGACACUGAUCUUCAUCAAAUAAUACGCUCCAACCAACCAUUGACAGAUGAUCAUUGUCGGUAUUUUCUUUAUCAGUUAAUGCGAGGGCUCAAAUAUGUACAUUCAGCACAUGUUUUGCAUCGUGAUCUCAAACCUAGCAAUCUGCUUCUGAAUGCUAAUUGUGACCUUAAGAUUGUAGACUUUGGUCUUGCAAGAACAACAUCCGAAACAGAUUUUAUGACCGAGUGUGUUGUUACUCGUUGGUAUCGGGCACCAGAAUUACUCCUUAAUUGUUCAGAGUACACUGCAGCAAUUGAUAUAUGGUCAGUGGGUUGUAUACUAGGUGAAAUCAUGACAAUACAACCCUUGUUUCCUGGUAAAGACUAUGUUCAUCAGCUGAGGCUUAUAACAGAGCUCAUUGGUUCACCGGAUGACUCCAGCCUUGGCUUCCUACGAAGUGAUAAUGCUCGAAGAUAUGUUAGGCAGCUUCCUCAAUACCCAAGGCAAAAUUUUGCCGCUAGAUUUCCUAAUAUGUCCCCAGGUGCUGUUGAUUUGUUAGAGCAGAUGCUAGUCUUUGAUCCAAACAGGCGCAUUACAGUUGAUGGGGCACUGCGCCAUCCUUACUUGGCACCACUUCAUGAUAUCAACGAGGAGCCUGUUUGCCCAAGGCCUUUCAUCUUUGAUUUUGAGCAGCCAACAUUUACCGAGGAAAAUAUCAAAGAGCUUAUCUGGGGGGAAUCUGUAAAAUUCAAUCCUGAUCCUUGAGGAUUGUCCGAUACUCUAUGAUUCCCAUUUUCUUCAUAAAUAUAUAGAACCCAUCAGAGUCUAUAGGGAAUGAAGAAAAGAAGUCACUGGGUAUAUUGGGAUUCACUCACAUGUAACAUAUAGUUGAUUCUUUUCAUCACAGAUCUUUCAAGAUAUUGAAGUGUGUGAAACGGAGGGUAGGUUGCCUUCAAGUUAAACUGAGAAGAAUCUCUAUAAAGGUUUACUUUGUAGUUGGUAGUAUAUGGGCACACCAACUCGAUUUGGUGUGGCUGGAGUGGCUUUUGUAGUGGCAAUCUAUACUGUUUUGAAAUGGGGAUUCUGCAUAGUUCUGAGACUUAA